UACUUGGGCUGUACCCGGUUUUUGUACGGUUGUUUUUGGGAGUUUUUGGGGGGAUUUCUCGAAUUAAUUUUUUAAUUUUUCAGAUAAUUUUAAAGAGAAUUCUUAUAUUUCUUCAAUAAAAUGUUAAUUCCACAAGCCGACAGAAAAAAGAUUUAUGAACAUUUGUUUGAAGAUGGAGUGUGUAUUGCAAAGAAGGAUUACGUCUCUAAGUCGCAUCCGGAAAUUAAGGGUGUUCGCAAUUUGUAUGUGAUUAAAGCACUUAAGAGUUUGACAUCUAAAGGCCUUGUUAGAGAACAGUAUGCUUGGCGCCAUUACUACUUUUAUUUGAAAGAGGACGGUGUUCCUUAUUUGCGUGAAUAUCUUGGCUUGCCCGAAGAUGUUUUGCCAAAUACGCAUAAACAGCGUACUGAGCCUUCGAGAAUGUCGUAUCCGGAUAAGAUGGGAGGUGGAGGUGCAGGACGAGGUUUUUUAAAGUUUUUUAGUUAAAUUAGGGGAGAGGGUUGAUAAAUUUAGGGUAGGGGUGAUGAUGGAAGACAAUGGGUUUAGGCUAGAGAUCGAGCUGGACCUGGACCAAGGCCUGGGUUUUUCCUGUACACAGAGUCCAGGUCCAGGCAUUUUUUG